CACCAAGGUGGUUUAAUCGACCGCGAAAAUGACCGAUGAUAGAUUCCGCGAUGUUGUAGCAACUUGGGAUAUCGCUCUGUCGGAUGGUAAACACAGAAUUCAAUUUGAACAUGGGACGACAACUGGAAAGCGAGUUAUUGUAGUUGACAAUGUAGAAGUCAUUCGACACAACUGGAUGUUUAGACUUGUGGGAAAGGAAAGUUUUAACGUCGGUGGGAAAAGAGCAACGAUACAUAUCGAAGCGGUUAGCGGUUUUCAGUAUGAAUACACCCUUGAAAUUGAUGGAAAACCCCUCAAGAAAUUUGUAGAAAAUCGCAAGAAAACAGCCAAAGUAUGGACAUUUCUUUUAGAUGGGUUCGAAACACGAAUGGUGCUGGGUGAGUUUAAAAUGAUUUAUUUAUUAAUGUUUUUGUUAUUAUCAUUAUACUUUUAACGCCUGUCAAAUGUUGCCCUGCAGUUGAGGUUUAGAAAGAUAAACCUUGAAUUGAUCUUAAAGUGCUGUAUUCCCACCUUUCGCAAAUUACAGGCUCAAAAGGCAUGAUUAAUUUAAGUUUUUAACGCUUUUUUUCCGAAUUUACACACCUAAUGGCAGGUGUUUGAUUAUUAUCGUUGCGAUUGGAAGAGAAUAAGCCAGUACUCUUAUUUUCAGUGUCAAAAUUCAAAAUUUGACACAAAUUAUGACACAAUAAAACAACUUUACUGGUUGAAAUGAAAAAGUGUCAGCGCAGCCCUCAAGUACGGUGACAAACAUUGGCAGCUGCAGAGCAAUAUAUGGAACCUUUGAUCUCUCAAACUUCCUGAAAAACAAAAACUGACUUUGCCCCUGUCAAAUUUCUGUAGUUAUUUUCCUCUGAUUUUUCAAUAAUUCUCUAGAUCUAUACCAAUUUCCCUCACUCUAAGAAUUUUGAAUUGAAAUUUGUGUUCCCUCUGCCAUUUACACUGUGUAGACAUAGUGUUUGACUUGGGAGGAUUUUUAAUGGUUUUUGCCAUAACUUCCAUGAUUAUCCAUGACUCACAACAAGAAAUUUUCAGAGACCAGUUUAUUUUUAGAUUCAAUGUUUAUUUAGACCAUCAUAUAGCUAAGUCCCACAAACCAGUCAGUAAAAACGUAGAUACUAGUGAAUGGUAUUUUUUGACAUUCUGGUGACUAAAUAAGCACACAGACAUGGAAUGGAGGUUCCUUUUCACUGGAAAAGGUAAACUAAAAUGUUGUUAAAAAUAUAUAUUGAUGGCUUGUGAAAAUGCCAUUGUCACCCUGUUGACAGUCCCCAAUUUCCCUAAGGCCAUUAAGUAAAGCACUUACAGUUACUGUACAAAUGUACUGAUUCGAGGCUGGGAAGGAGUAUCAACUCUACCUUGGGGGAGGUUUUGGAAGGAGGCAAGAAAAAUUUUUUUUUACCCUUGUUUCUUUCCCCCAAAACUGCUAUAAACCCUGAAGCUCCCUUGGUGCCUGUUUAACCAAGAUGGCCACCCAUAAUGGUAAGUGCUCAACCUGACGAUCUUCCAAAAAUUAGGGGACUGUGAACAAUCUACACUAUAAUAAUAAUACAGUUAGUAUAAGAGUUGUGUAUGGGGGCAUAUAAUGAAAGGAGGUGGCCUGUAGUGUGAAAAGGCUCUUUGGUGGGGCAUAGGGUUCAAGAAUGUUGCCUUUGUUAGGGGUACCAUCAACUGAGAUCUAUAUUCUUCUUGACGCUGUCAACAUAGAGUCCUAAAGUGUGACGUCAUUAAAAAUUAAAUUUGUGAAAUUAUGGGAUUUCUCGGGGUAUUGUGAAAGAACAACAUCCAAAAGGCUUACUUGCCAAAAAUUAGCAUUCCAGGGCAAAGAAAUUAUCUUUGCGAUAUUAGCCCAGUUAUGGUCUAAUAAAUCCAUGCAAAUCCUUCUGAAUUUUACUCAGUUCAUAACAUUAGGAACUGAGUCAAAUUUAGAAGGAUUUGUAUAGAGUCAUCAGAGCAAAAUGGGACUAGUAUCUCCAAGACAAUUUGCCCCACAAUGCUAGUUUUUGGCAGGUAGGCCUUUCAUAUGUUGUUCUUUGAAAAUAUCCCAACAAAUCCCAUAAUUUCACAAAUUUAAUUUGUAUGAAGUCAUCACUUUAGAACUCUAUUCAGCAUCAUUUUCAGACCGUGACACCAGCUUCUAGUAUAUGGAUUGGUUGUGAUCAAAGAAAGUCCAUAGUCUACCACAAGAUUCUCUUGCCUUCUUCACGCCAUGUUUCCCUAAGAGCCUGUUUGCAUCCUUAGAGGGAAGUAAAACUUGAGCCAAAGACGGUUUUUCAGAAAAAAAAAAAACAAAUCUCCCUCUACCACAACAACACACUCACAAUAUUAAGAUGGAAUCCAUCAGGAAAUUAAGUGAUUUUAAUUGGCAGUGGACAAAAACCUUGUACCAGAAUAUUUUAAGCCAUAUCACAUUCGUUUUCACACUAUUCAAGGGCUAUAGAUGUAAUUAGUUAUCUGUAAUUACACCAAAGACAAUUUCUAAUAGGAGCCCUCGAAAAUAAGAUAUUUUCAUGUUGUGAAAUUUUAACCUUUUUAAGCUUGUUUUCUCAGUCAGUCUCCUAUAAGAAAUCUUUCUUUGGAGUUAUCACAUAACUAAUUACAUUUAUAGUCUUUGAAACGUGUAAAAUUGAAUGUAAUAUGUUUCAAAUUAUUCUGGUACAAGGUUUCUGUCCACUGAAAAUUAAAAUUACUCAACUUCCUAAUGGAUCCUUCUUAAUUACAUGCAAAUGUUUUGAAAAGUGUAUUGUUUGAUUCUCUCUCUAGAGAAGGACACGAUGGAAGUGUGGGUGAAUGGAGGUGUUGUAGAAACUGCUGUAAGUCUAAUUGUUAUUUCCUUACCUUUAGCAUAUAAUCACAUAUAAUUUCUCCUUACUUUUCUGCGCACAUUUCUUGGAGUGCUUGCCAUCAUGCUAACAUUUCCAGCAAUUUCAGUCAAACUAUAGAGUGUUUUCACAUGACGUUAUGGUGGCGAUAUUGGUGUCCCAAACCAAUCCUCUGAGAGUUUAACUCUUUUCUUAUGCAAACGCUUUCUUUUGUCUCAAUGAAUUUGCAUAGAUGCUGGCCACAUGAGUGAAAACACUCUAUAUAGAUAGAAAGAAUCAGUUCGGGUGAAAUUUUUGGGGAAAAAGUGGUCCACCUUGAACGGCUGGACCUUACCUUUCCAUUUCCAGAAUUCUUGUUUCCAGGGUUAGUUAGCUUAGAAGUUAUCAAAAUUUUGAGUGAAACCUAAAUUGGAUUGAUUUGAUCUUGUUGGAAACUUUGCCCCAAUUAAUGUUUUUUCCAUUUUCUGUGUGGUGUACAGAGGAAACAUUUUGUACUAACAAGUGACAAGAAGUGUUAUUAAAAACAUUAUUAGCAGAGUAGGAUUGUGUUUCAUGGCUGGUGUCCUUUUCUUGUUUAAUAAAUAUGCAGUGAUUUUGUUACACCUGCACCCUAUGUCUCUGCAGCAUCUCUUGGGGGUGGGGUGGGGGGGUUGGGUGGGUACAUAUGUCCCUAGUCUGAAUUCCAAACAUAGUCGUUUCGUGUUUUGAGGAGUGGGCCAUGUCCCUGUUGUUAUUUAACCCAUCUUCAUGCCAUUUGUCGCCAUUUCAUCUAGUCUUAUGUGGCUGUUUCACGUCCAUGUCGUUUGUCGGGAAUUUUACUCUAUUAACAGGGCCACAUAAACAUCUCUCAAGAUGCAAAAUAAUAAACAGCAUGCAACUUGUAGAAAUAGAGGAUCGAUUGAGCAACCUGUUGAUGUUUAAAAAUAUCCUGUUAUUACUCCUACAGCGAAUGAUGGAGUCUUGUAAGGUAGUUUUAGCUUACGAGUGUGUGAAUGAGAUCCUAUGGUGCAUCCAUUCGAAUGAAACAUCACAUUUAUAGCAGUACCUUCGGUUUUUCUUUGUCCGAUUUUGGUCAAACUACUUUGGUAGUGAAAGAAGUAACAGUUGAUGUGAGCAUGUUAAUUUUUUUUUUAUCGUCAGGGUGAAUUUGUGGAUGACGGAACAGAAACACAUUUCCAGUGGGGAAGCCACAACUGCUACAUAAAAGCCAUCAGUUCAGGAAAAAAGAAAGAUGGAAUUAUACACUCCCUGGUUAUAGAUGGAAAUGAAAUACCUGAGUCUAUUGAUGAAUAG